UGCUAUUUUAGAGCUGGCAACACUGUUCUGAGUUCAGUCAAAUUUAGUUUCGCCAUUUUUAAUUUAGUGAAUAGUGAAUGGACUGUGGAUUUCAUAAAAUUAUCAGGCUGGAGGGCGACGAAUAUUUUGAAAAAAGUGUGUCAUUGUAUUUAAUUUACCGUAGAAGAGACUGUUUUUGAACCAAGCUUAGAGUAAUAUUGUGGUUUUAUUUAUUACUAACGUUUUUGUAUGUAGUGCUACUUCCCCACCGUAAGAUCGCUCGCUCGUGUGUCGCUUUAGCUAAUUCGAUGGCUAUGAUAUUGAAGUGUUAAGUUAACGAGUCGCUUUGGCAUUCUCCGUACGGGAUAAUAUCGAGAAAGUGAGGCGACGGAGUUAGCAAUGAGCAGGCCUCAAGGCGGUCGCAUUCAAGUCCCGGAUGACCUUAGAGAGAUCCUCUUGGAGUUCACGAUCAGCUACCUGCUGGAGCAGCCGGGCGACGUGAUCAACUACGCGGUCGAGUUCUUCACCAGGUUACAGAACAACCGCACCACGACGGUCGUGCGCGCGCCCGCCGCCACCACCCCGGAUGAGUCCAUAAUAUCAGACGAAGAAGAGCCGCCGGUGGCGCGCUUCAACAACCGCCGCAAGUCGGUGUUCGCGGAGACCUACGACCCCGAGGAAGAUGACUCUGACGAGGGUGCUCCCGUGGUGUUCCCCAAGUCGGACGCGCAGCGCUCGCGGCUCGCGGAGGCGGUGCGCGGCAUCCUGCUGUUCCGCUCCUUAGAUGCGCAACAGAUGCAGCAGGUGCUAGACGCGAUGUUCGAGAAGCGGUCGGAGCCGGGCGAGUACAUCAUCAGGCAGGGCGACGACGGCGACAACUUCUACGUCAUCGAGAACGGCGUGUUCGACGUGCUGGUCGCCGGCGAGGAUGGCGUCGAGAAGGUGGUCCACACAUACGAAGGCUCUGGAUCCUUCGGCGAGCUAGCCCUCAUGUACAACAUGCCGCGCGCGGCGUCGGUGCGCGCCACCUCGCCCGGCGCGCUGUGGGCCAUGGACCGCCACACGUUCCGCCGCAUCCUGCUGAAGAGCGCCUUCAAGAAGCGCAAGCUGUACGAGGACCUGCUGGAGAAGGUGCCGAUGUUGAAGGCUUUGCAGGCGUACGAGCGCGCGAACCUCGCCGACGCUCUCCUGCCGCGCGUCUUGCCCGACGGCGAGCUGAUCAUCCGGCAGGGGGACUCGGCCGACGGCAUGUACUUCGUGGAGGAGGGCUCCGUCAGCAUCCGCAUCAGCCGCGACGACGGCAACGAGAUCGAGGUCAAGCGCUUGGGCAAGGGUGCGUACUUCGGCGAGCUGGCGCUGGUGACCCACAAGCCGCGCGCCGCCUCUGCCUACGCCGUCGGGCCCGUCAAGGUGGCAUUCUUGGACGUGGAGACGUUCGAGCGCCUGCUCGGGCCGUGCAUGGAGAUCAUGAAGCGCAACAUCGACGACUACGAGGAGCAGCUGGUGAAGCUGUUCGGAGACAAGAGCAACCUCACCGACGUGCGAUGAGCGCCCCGCCCCCCCUACCCGCCCCGCGGCAAAACAAGCUUUGUGUUCACAAGGUUACAGACCCCUUCCCCUUACACCGCCGCCCAAGGUCGCCGCCGAUGCGGCCAAUCACAUCACUUUAUUUAUCCAACCACCAAUGAGGACUUUUCCCGUGCCGCCAUUUUAACUUUUUACUGACAGCUGUCAGAAUGUUGUGUCGUGAUUGGUUGUCGCAUCGCACGUGCUGACCUCUGGUGGCAUAUCGACGCGUUCGUCUACUGUUUUGUUUGUGCGAUGCAGCUAUGUUCUUCCUUUUAUUGUAAUCGGUGUCCCUUUCUCCCCGGCUCGGCAGUUAGUAAAUAAAUAUGCGUUAAGUCUACAAAUAUGUACCUACCGUAUAUACCUAUAGUGACCGUACUUAUUUAUUUGUACUUGGGUUGUAGCCUUGCAGGCUUUGGCUAAUGAUUUACAUCACGUUAAGGAUGCUGUUACAUGUUACUCUUGUAAGAGUUUCCUUAAUAUUUUCUUUACAACUUAAAAUUAUCUACAAUUUGUACCUACUCGGUACAAAACAUGACACAUCUGUACGUUAGCCAAAGUGGUCAAGGCUUAUAUUAAUGUCUGCUUACAUACAACUAAUCUUACAGUUUGGGUAAAGAGAUCGUAUCCGCUUGUGAUAUGACGAGAAUCAUUUGAUUAAUGGUACAUAAAUAGAACAAUUGUCGUCAAUCGCCGUGAUUUGUGCUAUCGGUCGAUUCGGCAGCGAUAGCCGAGGGCGAACAAAGCUUGUGAAGAUCACGCGAUGACGGGAAGGUGGCUGCGGCCGCGAGCGCUCAACAGUAUUGCAUUGAUAACCAAUACGCUUAUUUUAGAUAGAGAAAUGCCUUAGUAGCUAUGUAAAUUUUAAGGGUCUCGAACAGCCAAGACGAAAGCCACGCGAACUGGCAAUGCUCAAUUUAGAUGAUGAUUACAGAAAAUAGCUUUAUUUUUAACCAAGUAUUUGUACUUCAGCUAGAGAAUUCCAUUCUAUUUACAAAAUGACGUGCCAUAAUUAAAUUAGUUUUCGGAUUUGGGGAGUGAGUGGCGGCGGCUUGUUUUCUGCGAGCAUCAUUUAGUUGAGAGCGUAGAGUGAUGUUCCUACCUCGUGGGAGAAAUCACGACUGAGAGAAGGCAUGGAGUAACGAAUGUGACGUCGACGGCCCCCGUGCUCGACAUUCACGUCUAAUGCAAUACUAUUCAGCGCUCGGAACAUUAAAGCGAUAGUCCCAACAUCGAUCGCUCAUAUUCUUUCUAAUAAUAUAAUAAGAAACUUUCACCGACACAGGCUUUUUGAAUAAAAACUUUAAAAUACCUUGUAGGUAGAGUAGGUAGUUUUAUUUGUGACUAGAUUAAAUCUACUCGCAUAGAAGAUACAUAUGUUCAUUGUUUGAUUCGUUUCUUACUACAGGUUGUCGGAUAUCAAUAUUUGUGUGGAAAUUGUAACGUUGUAUUGAAUGCCAAAUUAAAUGAUAGUUACGCGUCUGUAUUUCUAAUUAAAAUUUCUUGGCGUUUCUUAAAUAAUUAUGAAUGGACAAUUGAGAUAUCCUAUCCUAUGAAUUCAGUCGCAAAAUUUAUUUCAUCGAAUUAUAUUUUUUAUUACAAGAUUGUAUGUUUUUCAUAUUUGAUUUUAAGUGAAAAGAAUUGUUUUUGCGUUAUAUUUUUAUUAAUGUUUAAAUGCUUUUUCUUUUGUGAAGAGUUCCUAUUUGUUUUGUUUGCUCUAACAUGUGUACAAAUAGAUCUGAGGCGACGGCCCAGGCCUCGCCGUCGGUCCCCUGGCGUUGUUGAUUCUUUUAUACAUUGUAAGUCAUCGAUUUCGUUUUUUAUAGUAAAGUAUUGGUGUUUGGAAGUAAUAGUUCGGGAGCCCCGCCACUGGCUGGCCGGGCGGCGCGGGCGCAACUUGUUGUAGUUAUUAAUUGGUCGUGAUAAUCUUCGCACUGAACAAUGGAAUCGUUUUUCCCUCAGGUUCUUUCCUCUAUCAUUUAAUUAGACAAAAUAUACAUCUUUAAGACUCUACGUCGGAAAGUCAAAAUGGUCUUGUGUCUAAAUUAAGGCUAUAUUUACUGUGUAGUUAUUAGUUUUUCGUAAUUUCAUGUAAUUGUAAUUUAAAAUAUUGUUAGUAAAAACUUAAUAUUCCUGAGGGGUGAGGCUAUUCUUGGCGCCAUGUGCAAUGUGCAUAAAUGUACAAAUUUAUUUCAGCUGCCAUAGAAGAUUUUUAAUUUAUUAUGAAAUAUUAACUAAUGAGACUAAAAAUUUAUUUAUACAUAAGAUGGAUGGAAUUGCACUUUGGGUGUAAAAACUUUGUUUAUUUUGCUUUACCGCUUCUUUAGAUUAACCGAUUUUAUAGCAAUUAAUUUCUUGUAACUUAGCUUGUACAUUCCUUGUUGCUAGCUGGAUGUAUAUUUAUAUUUUUGUUGACUAGUUAUUUUUGGUUUCUCCGAUGACCAUAAGUUUCUCACUUCAAGUGCCUCUUUCAUAAAUUAAUAUCUAUCAGAUUAUGUUUUUGCCUCACUUACAAUUUCUAACGUUUAUACGUGUUUAAUACCUUAACUUUAAACUGCCUUUUUCUAUGUAAAAUUGUGAAAUGUGUUGUGAGGUAUAUGUAUUUAGUGCCAUUCAAUUCGUGCAGUACAGCUGACCAGGUUUUAUCCUAACGGGUGAUAGAAUUAAACUUUUGACAUUAUUUUACUAUUUAAUAACAAAUAAAUAACCAAUCAUAAUGUACAUGGCAAUGUAAUUGUAAAACUUAAUGAUAAUACAAAUCGUCUAACUAUGUAAAGGACUUGUCGCUCUGACGGGCCGUUUGUGUGUGAAGAGAUCUCUUUUCGCCGCCGACACCACUACUGUUGACUGUGGAGCCCGAGCGAUACGUGGUCUCGACUUCACAUGAUCUUGAUAAACUGGUUACAUUAAAAUAAUUAUGACGUUCGACUCGAAAGUGCUUCUACAGUAGUGACGUAGUGAUGUCGACGCAGCGAAGCGGUCUCGUGGCGUGUCGCUACUAUCUGUGUGUCCCCCGUAUCGACCCAGUCUCUAGUUGUUAAUAGUAUCGUGCAAUAAUUACUGUCACCUGUAUUGUAUUGUAUGUCGUUUGCAUCAAAUAUCAUGUGUUAAAUUUUAUGUCAGUGUGGAAUUUAUUUAUAGAUUUUAAUAAAAUAAUAGUGUAAGAUGUAGGUCUCUCCCUUUACACUGAUGCCGAAACUUCUGUGUCGAUACCGCAUCAGUGCAUCCGGAAAGGCUAUUAGAUGCGGGUGUAUGUAUAUUAUUCAGUUUUUUAUUUAUUUAUAUUUAAAUGAAGUAUAUUUCCCAUAAAAUACAUUGAUAGUUGCACAAACCCUUAGUUGUGGCGCGUAAUGAGCGGAUAAUUGUAUUCUGUUGUCUUCCAUGGGACGCACAGCAGCGAGCUCGCGGGAGCUCCGAUCAGGCAAACUGGUGUGGAAUUUUAUGAAAUUCAAAGAAUACGCUUAAAAUUUAGCGUAAUUUUUAUAAAUUAACUAGUCAUUGGUGUCUAAAGUAGAUUUGUAACCUGACCGCGCACUCUUGACCCACGUCACAUUAGCUGUAAGUCAUGGACUCGACCGCGGAGUAUGCAUAUCAGAGCGGCGCGGCCAACCCCCCGGCGCCGCUACUAGCCCGCUUCCCACACUUCAUCAUGAGCUUACCCUGUACAUUUAUAAAAAUUAUGUAUCGUAAAAUGUUAGAAAACUGAAUUAUAUUUGUUUGUAGAUCUAA